AUGAUUGAUAGCCCAUUUUCUGAGGUGCUUUUUACACUGAGUUCAGGCUCAAUAGAUUCAGGUGACUUACUAUCUUUGGGCUUUUUAUUUACUGUUUCGGGUGGUUCAGAACUCUCAAAAGUCCCAGAUGUUGAAGCGACUAGAGCUUCGGCUUGUUGA